AUGGAUUACACGUUCAGGGAGUUUUUGCGUGACGUUUUAGCAAUAAGGAAAAUCCUUAUUGUUAUUUUUACACCAAUUGUGCUUCUGGCGAUACCUCUAAGUGUACAAUCAAAGGAAGCAGACUGUGCCUAUGUUGUCAUCAUCAUGGCUGUGUAUUGGGUGUCGGAGUCAUUGCCCAUAGCUGUGACAGCACUGUUGCCCAUUAUUUUAUUCCCUAUGGUUGGAAUGAUGUCUGCGAAAGAUGUUUCAGCAAAGUUUGUCAACGACACGACGAUGCUAUUCAUUGGAGGACUCGUUAUAGCUUCAGCAAUCGAGCGUUGGAACAUCCACAAACGAAUAGCUCUCAGGAUUCUAUUGAUAGUCGGUUCUGAGCCUCAUUGGCUGAUGCUAGGUAUGAUGCUUCCCACAUGGUUCUUGUCCAUGUGGAUAAGUAAUACCGCCACAACCGCCAUGAUGAUCCCAAUAGCUAACGCAGUAAUGGUCCAGCUUAAGGAUGCUAGGGAACUCAAGGAGAAGACUGAACAUCCCGAACUUGAUGGUUUUGACAACAAGGCCCUCGAAUUGGAAAGUAUAACAGUAACAGAAAAACGGGAGGAGAAUAAUCUAAAGGAAAUGGAUAAUUCAAACGCAAAGAGUCCAAAUGCUAAUAGCGAUGAUGAAGACGGUUCCGAGGCCGAGCAUUUACGGAUGUGUAAAGCGUUGUCGCUAGCUAUUGCGUACUCAGCCAAUGUGGGGGGUAUUGGUAGUUUAACAGGAACUAGCCCGAAUCUCGUCAUGAAAGGACAGAGUGAUAUUGUAUUUCAGAAGUAUGGUGCUGAAUCACCCGUCACCUUUGCCACUUGGAUGCAGUUCGGGCUACCGCUAUCAGCUGUUUGUCUCGUCAUUCUCUGGGUGUGGCUACAAAUUUAUUUCCUGCGAUCGUGUUUCAGCUGUUGUCACAAACAGGACAAGUCUACAUCGAGGCAAGUGAGAGAGGUGUUACAAAAGGAGUAUGCCGAACUGGGUCCUAUAACAUUCGCACAAGCGGCGGUGAUUGUUCAUUUUUUCUUACUAGUCAUUUUGUGGAUAUCACGUGAUCUUGGUGGAAUCGGGGGAUGGGGAGACCUUUUCCCAGAGAAAACCGUCACGGAUUCGACUCCAUCCAUUUUGAUAUCAGUUAGUCUUUUCCUUUUUCCAUCCGAGGUACCAAGCAUUUUCAGACAUGGAAAAGCAGAAGAACUUUCUACGGUGACCCCGUUGAUGUCAUGGAGGACAGUAGAGAAAAGUAUACCAUGGGGAGUCAUACUACUAAUUGGUGGUGGAUUUGCUCUCGCAGAUGGAAGUCAGGUGUCGGGGCUCUCCGCCUGGGUUGGUGACAAACUUACCGUGUUUAGUGACUUUGAUCCCUGGGUCAUGAACCUGAUCCUCUGUUACAUUGUGGCAGCAGCUACAGAAGUUACCAGCAAUACUGCAAUCUGCACACUAAUGAUGCCCAUUAUGGCCGAACUGGCUAUAAAGUUGGGAGUAAAUCCGUUGUAUUACAUGUUUCCUACUGCCAUCGCCACUUCCUUCGCCUUCAUGUUACCUGUUGCCACGCCUCCUAAUGCCGUCGUCUUCUCCUACGGCUAUGUCAAGGUCAUCGACAUGGUUACGGCUGGUUUCCUAAUGAACAUUGUUGCAGUUUUGGUUCUUAUUGGAGCAACAGAAUCGUGGGGAGAAAGUAUAUUUCACUUCCAUGCGGAGCCUGACUUUUUCAAAAACUCUACAUUGACUGUUUUGAACACAACUGUGAAUUCAACUCUAGAAUGCCUUUGUCCCACAACGGUUCUCCCCAUUACAACCACAUAG